AUGCGGCGGAGGCUGCGCCUUCGCGGGGACGCGGUGCUCACACUGCUGCUCGGUGUCACCCUCGGCCUCCUGCUCUAUGCUCAGCGCGACAGCUCGACCCCGACAGCGGGUGCACCCCGAGCUCCAGGAAAAGCGAUGAGGAGGCCCAGCGUGGUGCCCCACACGUACCAGGCACUGCGCCCCGAGGCAAAGCCCCUGGCCUACGAGGGGGACACACCGCUGCCGCCCACCCCCACGGGACCUUUUGACUUCGGCCGCUACCUGCGUGCCAAGGACCAGCGUCGCUUCCCACUGCUCAUUAACCAGCCGCACAAGUGCCUUGGGGAUGGCACGCCUGGUGGAGGACCCGACUUGCUCAUUGCGGUCAAGUCUGUGGCUGCUGACUUCGAGCGUCGCCAAGCGGUGCGCCAAACGUGGGGCGCCGAGGGUCGGGUGCAGGGGGCCCUGGUGCGCCGCGUGUUCUUGCUGGGUGUGCCCAAGGCCACAGGCACCGAGGGGGACCCCGAGGAGGGUCCUCGGGCGCACUGGCGCGACCUGCUGCGCACCGAGAGCCUCGCCUAUGAGGACAUUCUGCUCUGGGCCUUCGAUGACACGUUCUUCAACCUAACGCUCAAGGAGAUCCACUUCCUGGCCUGGGCCUCAGCGUUCUGCCCGCAAGUGCGCUUCGUUUUUAAGGGCGAUGCGGACGUAUUUGUGCACGUGGGGAACCUUCUGGAAUUCCUGGCUCCGAGGGAUCCCGCACAGGACCUGCUUGCAGGGGACGUGAUCUUGCAGGCCCGGCCGAUCCGCGCGCGAGACAGCAAGUACUACAUCCCCGAGUCGGUGUACGGCCUGUCCGCCUACCCGGCCUACGCGGGCGGCGGCGGCUUCGUCCUGUCGGGGGCCACGCUGCGCCGCCUGGCCGGGGCGUGCGCGCAGGUGGAGCUCUUCCCCAUCGACGACGUCUUCCUGGGCAUGUGCCUCCAGCGCCUGCGGCUCACGCCCGAGCCUCACCCCGCGUUCCGCACGUUCGGCAUCUCCCGACCUUCAGCGGCGCCGCACCUGCGCACCUUCGACCCGUGCUUUUACCGGGAGCUGGUGGUGGUGCACGGGCUCUCGGCGGCUGACAUCUGGCUUAUGUGGCGCCUGCUGCACGCGCCGCACGGGCCAGCCUGUGCCCACCCACGGCCCGCGGCUGCAGGACCCUUCCAGUGGGAGUCCUAG